AUGAAGGGUAGCGAUAGCUUGCGACGGGUUAACCGUCCCGCUGCCAAUUUCGACCUACCACCAGCUCAGGCCCAGGCUCAGGCACAGGCCCAGGCGCAACAGCAGGCUCUUCGGUCUCAAUCUCAGCCUCAAGAGCCCAUCUUGGGAUCUAUAACCUCGACGAGCCCAGAAUUCACCACUUCUUCGCUCCAUUCUCAGUCUCAGUCUCAGUCUCUCUCGACCGCCAGGUUCCGUUCCUCUUCGAGACCCAGUCUUCAGGACCUAGUCCCUGUCGCCGGGACUCCAAAGCCAACCGUCCACGACCAACCUCCAGCCUAUGCCCUGUCGUCCUCAUCCUCCUUGACGGGGCCGUCCUCUUUUUCCUAUCCUCCAGCGCAUCCAACUGCUGGCGCCGCAACGAUACAUGUCCGUACAACCCAUACACAUCCGCAUACGCACACACAUACUGCCCCGGCGGCUGUCAAUCGACCCCGGCCCCUGGGCCCAUCCUCCUCCGACAUAGCGACUGCAGAGCAGGCUCACUUCCUCCACCCUGUCUCAUCUGCCUCGAGCUUACGUCCAAGGUCUUCCACCACUAGCGCCACUGCUGCUGCUGCUGCUGUCUCCCCGUCUCCAUCGCAUACACCAGAUCCUCUUCUUCGACAACACACCUCGCCGCCGUCUACCGUCGACAACAACUCUGCCCACUUUGUUCCUCGAGGCGGGUUGCCCCCCGCGCCGUCCAUCAUGUAUCCGGCAGGCCAGAGGCAUGUCUCGGGCGCCGAUCCCACACGACCAUUCCAGGUCCCUCCGCCGCCGCCGCCGCCGCCCCCCAUGGGAGCUCCGAAUGCCGGCCAAAUGGGCCCCUCCGGCGUCGCGAUACCCCCACCACCCGGUCCGCCCCCGGCGAGUGCUCUCGGCCAGCAGCCUCCGUGGCACGGCGCCUUUGGGCGCAUGUACGACGGACGGCCAGGAUACAUCCCCCCGCCGCCGCCCGGUCAGCACCAGCCGUACAACCCAAAGUUACACGCUCAGAUCGCUGCUGGGCAAACAAUCUCUAUCCCUCCACCUCCUCCGCCGAAUGAGGCCAUGAGUGCGACCUAUAUACCGCAGGGCGACACUUACGGAGAGGGAGUUGGUAUCCCCGCCUUUGGACUGGAAGACCCAACCCUGACUGUCAACUCGCAGACAUCGCGGCCAGUGACAACGCCGCAGAGCGGAACUGACACAAAUGCCACAACGCCCAUGGACGAGGCCACGAGGGAACGCCUCUAUUCUGCCACUAACGCCCAGCCGCGCGGCACAUCCAAUUCUUCAAACGCCACUCCUCCCAGCUCGAUCCCACCGGAAAUCGCUGCCCAGUGGCCCCUCGAUACGGUUCUGAUUUGGUUAGCCCAGAACCAGUUCUCCAAAGACUGGCAGGAAACCUUUAGGGCACUCAACCUGCACGGAGCGCAAUUCCUCGAGCUCGGAAGUGGCCACGGUGGGCGUGGUAAUUUUGGUAUGAUGCAUCAGCAGGUGUAUCCAAGGCUUGCCCAGGAGUGCACCAACAGCCGAACCGGCUGGGAUCAGCCCCGUGAGCGAGAGGAGGGCAAGCGAAUGCGAAGACUAAUUCGAAGUAUUGUCACCGGUCGACCAGCUGAUGUGUCUAAAGUUUCAACGGCCCACGGCCGUAAAGAAUCCCUCAAUGGCGGACAUGGGAACAACCUACCAAGCGCUGGAACCGAUCCCAUGGAUUCGCCAAAUACACCUCUCAAUGCCCCUGGCCCUGGCUUUAGUGGUCGCAGGUUCUCUCAGACCAGAUCUACUACAUUACCCAACAGUGUCAGUGGGUCCAACAUCAGCUCUGAGUCUAACCACCGUAAUAUUCUCAAACAUGUCGAUACGGAUGGUGCGCGCCGUCAUAGUCCUAAUGUUAGCGAGUCGAGCGAGGCCACGUUCCGUGGCCCUGCUGCGCGCUCAGCGAGUCCAACAGGCAGCCCAGGCAUACCUCCGGCGCUUUUUACAUCGACGACGACACCUAUUCUCUCACAAUCUCCUAACACAAUAAAAGCUGGGCACCGUUCAAGAAGCAGCAUGGAUUCCGUUGCUUCUGUCGCAGCCAUAUAUGGAUCCGGAGUACCGACAGAUGCCGCCAACUUACUUAGCCGGAACAUGAACCUGGGAGAAGUUGUUCAUGGGCGUAAUCAUGAUAUCCGAUCUCGGCACUCGCCUUCAGAAGGAGGGGAGAGGUCAGCAGGCGCAGAGACACCCGCUUCGGCCAAAGAUUCCAAGAGCUUCCUGAGCUUCUUAUCCAGGAAAAAGAGACAAACCAAGGAUGAUGGUGCAUACCCAUCACCUGAAGAGAUGGAAGCUUCCCCAACUUCACCACAAGGAUCUAUCCGCCCGGUAGGCUUGGGCGUUCGAGGAACCAAUGGCAGCGAUACUAAUCUUGAGCUUGCUGGCUCAACGCUGGGUAGUUAUGAUGACAGGAACGGCCAUGCUCUACGACCAAGGAGAAUCAGCCCCGUAAGGACCUACGUCCUGGCCACCAUGGAUUACUGGAACUACCGAAUGUGCGACAUCACGGAAGCAGAGACAGCAGCGGAAGUCCGUCAAGUUAUCUGCAUGCAUCUUGGCCUUGGCGACUUUGAAAAUUCUCACAUUUAUCUUACAGAAGUUGGCAAGUUUGAACAUGUGGAUCCCCUAGACGACUCGAGCCUUGUUACCGUCAAACGAGCAAAGGGUGACCCUCUUGGGACACUUAAAUUCUUCGUGACACCCCCAGGAGUUGCCCCCAUUUCCAGUCUUGCCGCUAAAGCUGAGGUCCCUGUAUCCUUGUCUCCCGGUUAUCUCCCACCAGGAACCACUGCUGAGGAUGCCCAACGAAAUAGCAGACAGCGAUCCAGUUCAUCGCCCCCCACCUCGCGUUCUAAUACAUUGACAGACGAGAAGACUGAGGAUAAGGUAGCCAGAGAGGCAAGCUCAUAUAGAGCUGAAAUGGAGAGAAAGCAGCGUGAGUAUCUGGCCAAGAGGAAACAAGCAGCGAUGAAAGGUAGUCCUUCAGAAACACUUGGACCUGGCAUCGUCGGCCGGAAUGUCGAUUUCGACCAACCUCGAGAGUCGCCGUAUGAGGACAAGCGGCCAGAGCAACUCUUCCCCCAAAGACGACCUCCAGCUCCACCAAGCGAUCCUUCUGCGACGUUGAUCAAGGCGAACUCGCUAAGCAGAAAGACUGGAGCCAGCAUGCGCGCAUCAAGUAGCAGUCUUGAGGGAUAUCCAACACCACGACAUCCGACCGAGAGUGAGAUGACAGAGAAGUCCAGGAGAUCCAAGGGAACAUCACAGCCAGCUGCAGGUCCUGCUGGUAUUGGGGCAGCCCUUGCAGGUAUGGGUAGAAACUUGAGCGCUAUUGGACAAUCUGCCAAGAAUACUCGUGGCUCUUCUCCCUCCCGAUCCUCAACACAAUCAGUUCCUGGAGGUAAGGACACCUUCUCUAGCGUCGACACUCCUCAACCAAGCUUGGGUCGAGAUAGUCCCAGUGCAAUAGCAACACCAAAUGCCGUGACCUGGAGCAAGAAGAACUUGCCCUUUAUUGUGCCGGACUACUCGUCCAGCCAAUCACCUAUGCUAAGCCCUAAUCUUGAAGCUGCACCAGAAGCUAAAAUCUUUGAAACAGUCCCGAGGGCAACAUCUCCUACUGGUAUGAGCCCCAACUCGAGACGUACAAGGGGUACUUUCGCCCCAGACCAUGCGUCACCUCCAAAACGACGUGCAACCCAUGGGCCAGAUCCAGACUUUGAGGACUCGGAUGUCCAAUUUUCGAAGCCUGCUCCCGCACCACCAGUUGACGAUGAUAGCGGGGAUGAUUCGGAUGACGGGCUCUUUGCCAUCCCUCUUGCCAAUCGAAACAAGGGCAAGGGUGCCACUGCGAAUGGUGAUGCAAACGGUCACAACAAGCGUCCUAGUCUGACGGUUAAUACGGCGCGCUCCAGGAAGGGCCUCUCAGUUGCCUUUACAUCGCCCAAGUCAUAUGGCAGUAGCGUGACUCCUGACAGUAACGAAGAUUCCCGACAAAAGCCGACUACUCCCCGUUCCGAAACGUGGGAAUCGGAAGACAAGGACAAAGACAGUAAACUGGGCCGGCGAAAGUCGUUCAUCGAGAAGGAUGUGUGGGCUAAUCGCCCUCCAACGGACGCCCUUAUCAAUAACCUUGACGACUUCUUCCCCAACCUGGAUCUUGAUCAACCUGUUCUUGAUGAACCUGGCGAGGGUGGACUGCCACCAUCUCCAAUUGCCGAGGGCACAGAAACCACAUCUGAUCAAGGGCCAUCCCAGCCGGCAGUGUCGAGCCAUACUCAGCAAGCACCGCCUGCAGCAAUUCCGCCAUCCCGGCAACCAUCUCUAUACAAUGAAAACGAUACUCUUGGCUCCGAUGAGUCGACCCUCAAAGCCCUCGAUCAACAGCGGCCCACUUCUGUGGCUGCAAGGAGUAUUCGGCGCUCAGGCGGUCUCGGUCGAAUGAAGUCCAUUCGAGAAGUCGCCCGAGGCGCUCACGAGGCCAACAAGCGAACCAACUCAACUAACCAAGGACCGUCGUCAGGCAACAUUAUGCGCCGGAAGAGCACGAAGAUGUUCAACGCCAACAUUGUACAAAUCCGACCAGAUAGGCGUGGCAGUGUCAUAAUGCCACAGAUUCCUCAAGAUACAGUGCCAAAGCGACAGACGACAUUCAGGUGGUUCAAGGGUCAGCUCAUCGGCAAAGGUACUUACGGCCGAGUGUACCUCGGUAUGAAUGCCACUACAGGAGAGUUCUUGGCUGUGAAAGAGGUCGAGGUGAACCCCAAGGCGGCUGGUGGUGACAAGAGCAAGAUGAAGGAGCUUGUUGCGGCUCUAGAUCAGGAAAUCGACACAAUGCAGCACUUGGACCAUAUCAACAUUGUGCAAUACUUGGGAUGCGAGCGAAAGGAAACUAGUAUCAGCAUCUUUCUCGAGUAUAUUUCUGGUGGCAGCAUUGGAUCAUGUCUGCGCAAGCAUGGCAAGUUUGAGGAGUCUGUCGUGUCUUCACUGACAAGACAAACUCUCUCUGGCCUCGCCUAUCUACAUCGCGAGGGCAUUCUGCAUCGCGAUCUCAAGGCCGACAAUAUUCUUCUUGAUUUAGACGGAACGUGCAAGAUCAGUGAUUUCGGCAUCUCCAAGAAGACAGACAACAUUUAUGGCAAUGAUAAAACAAACAACAUGCAAGGUUCGGUAUUCUGGAUGGCCCCAGAGGUCAUUCGGUCCCAAGGCGAAGGCUACAGCGCCAAGGUCGACAUCUGGAGUCUGGGUUGUGUAGUCCUGGAGAUGUUUGCUGGCAAGCGCCCCUGGGCCAAGGAAGAGGCUGUUGGUGCCAUCUACAAGAUUGCUAAUGGCGAGCGACCACCGAUCCCCGAGGACAUCCAGGAUACUCUUGGACCACUAGCCGUUGCCUUUAUGAUGGAUUGCUUCCAAGUAAACCCCUUCGACCGUCCUACAGCGGAUGUGCUCCUGUCGCAGCACCCGUUCUGUGAACUGGAUCCAAACUACAACUUUUAUGACACAGUGCUGUAUCACAAAAUCAAGUCGUUCAAAUAA